UGAAGGAAAAUCACUUAUGACGCAAUGACGAUUAUCCAGGUUCAAAUACAAACACCGUGCAAGCGCACGCAACUCCUUGGCAGCACACAGGCAGGACCGGACUGCAUCGCUCGCGAUCGAUUGGAGACGGUAUUCGGACAAGGCGGCGUACGCAAGAAAGCGGUGAUAGCUCCUCAUUUGAGCAUAUGAUGAUGUUGAAACAGGAAAGGCGACGCAGUGGUGGGACGUCGUCGGAUGAGUCAACGAGCAGCGGCAGCAGCACGCGUUUCGAGGAUGAGCUGGAAGAUGUAGUCGAUUCGUUCAAUACCUUUGAAUUUGAAAACGCCGCGGAACCGUCGCUCAUAUCGCCUGCCUUUUUGCACGAUGCGGAUGGCGUCAAAGACGCAUUCCACCGACCCAGUCUGCCAAAACGAGGCUACCUGGCCAUGCCGCUAUCCAAAUCAACAGGGCAUUAUCAUCGACUUACAAAUAACGGAUUGUUGUGGCAGCAAAAUUCCUCUUACAAAACUCCUGAGCAAAUCCGAUGCGAAUUAUCCAAAGUGCAACGAUCGGGUUCAAAACGUUCAGUCCACAAUCUCAAAGCAAGACGGGAUGGUUCUUCGCAUGUUUUCAAAAGUACCAGCCGUGAAAACCAAGAAAAAAGAUCCCUAAGUGACGUUCCGCAACCAAGGACAACGAUGAUCCAGCGAUCCCAAACGAUCACCAUAGGAAGUCGUCAAGGAAUCGAUGGACGCCGAAAUGCUAUCGUUCUUCUCAGCCGUGCAUCGACAAUGAAGCAGCUUCCCAAAAUACCGAAUGUAGAUAAACCAAUGCCGGUCAUUCCCAAUCGUAAAGCUACAAAGCAUGCUGAGAAAGUGUCAAGGUAAAAUUGGACCGAUCCAUCCGAUCGAGCUCGCAAAGAAAAGCAACGGCCUUAAACCAACCGCAUCCAACAACUUCAAUCUAAUGCCGGCAUAAGAAAUACUCACAUUCUGUAUAAUUCAGUCAAAUAACAUAUUGUAACGUAUUUUUUCCUCCAUGUGCAACGUUGGAUGCUUU